GGAUGGCGGCGGCGACAGCCCCAGCCCCAGCCACUCACGCACGCACGCUGCCACUUGCCCCCGCACCCUCCUCUCUGCGCGCGGGAGAGCGGUGCGUGCCGGAGCUGCUGGGCUGAGCUCCCCCGGUGGGGUCCCCGCGCCGCUCGGUCGAGCUCCUGCCGCCGCCCUGGUGGUUGCCCCCAAACCGCUCACUUGAGCUGUCCCCGGUGGCGAACGGGCUCCCCGCCCCCUCCUCCCGCGCCGUUCCCUCCCCUCUCCCUCCCCUUCUCUGCAACGCCUGCAUUAUUUUCCGCCCGCAGGGUCCGCGCGCGCACCGCGGCCGCGGCGGGGGAGGUGACCGGGUGGGUGGUUGGGUGGGUGGCUGGCGGGGAGUAGAGUGUGCAAGUUGCAGGGAAAGGGUGCCCGCUCCUUGCGUGCUCUCCGUGCUCCCGGCUCCUCACUCCUUCCCCCUCCUCCUCGCCUCCUCCCUCCCCGCCCCCACCUCCUUCCUCCUCUCCGAAGGGCUGGUAACUUGUUGUGCGGAGCGAACGGCGACAACGACGGCGCGACGGAGGCACCAUCCGGGCGGGCAGCAUGGGCACGUCCGCGCGCUGGGCGCUGUGGCUGCUGCUCGCGCUGUGCUGGGCGCCCCGGGACAGCGGCGCCACUGCAAGCGGGAAGAAAGCCAAAUGUGAUAGCUCCCAAUUCCAGUGCACAAAUGGCCGCUGCAUUACCCUGCUGUGGAAAUGUGAUGGAGAUGAAGACUGUGCGGACGGCAGCGAUGAGAAGAACUGCGUAAAGAAGACGUGUGCUGAGUCUGACUUCGUGUGCAAAAACGGCCAGUGUGUUCCUAACAGAUGGCAGUGUGAUGGGGAUCCUGAUUGCGAAGACGGUUCUGACGAAAGCCCAGAACAGUGCCAUAUGAGAACAUGCCGCAUAAAUGAAAUCAGCUGUGGCGCCCGUUCUACUCAGUGUAUCCCCGUGUCCUGGAGAUGCGAUGGUGAAAAUGAUUGUGACAAUGGAGAAGAUGAAGAAAACUGUGGCAACAUAACGUGUAGUGCAGAUGAGUUCACUUGCUCCAGUGGCCGCUGUGUCUCCAGGAACUUUGUGUGCAAUGGCCAGGAUGACUGUGACGAUGGCAGUGAUGAGCUGGACUGCGCUCCACCAACCUGCGGCGCCCAUGAGUUCCAGUGCAGCACCUCUUCCUGCAUUCCCCUCAGCUGGGUGUGUGAUGACGACGCAGACUGUUCCGACCAAUCAGACGAGUCUCUUGAGCAGUGUGGCCGUCAGCCUGUGAUACACACCAAAUGUCCCACCAGUGAGAUCCAGUGUGGCUCUGGCGAGUGCAUUCACAAAAAAUGGCGGUGUGACGGAGACCCUGACUGCAAGGACGGCAGCGAUGAGGUCAACUGUCCUUCUCGGACCUGCAGACCUGACCAGUUUGAAUGUGAAGACGGUAGCUGUAUCCACGGCAGCAGGCAAUGCAAUGGCAUCCGAGACUGUGUUGAUGGCUCUGAUGAAGUCAACUGCAAAAACGUCAAUCAGUGCCUGGGCCCUGGAAAGUUCAAGUGCAGAAGCGGGGAAUGCAUAGACAUCAGCAAAGUAUGUGACCAGGAACAAGACUGCAGAGACUGGAGUGACGAGCCCUUGAAGGAAUGCCAUAUCAACGAAUGCUUGGUCAAUAACGGUGGCUGUUCCCAUAUCUGCAAAGACCUAGUUAUAGGCUAUGAGUGUGACUGUGCGGCUGGGUUUGAACUGAUAGAUAGGAAAACCUGUGGAGAUAUUGAUGAAUGCCAAAACCCGGGAAUCUGCAGUCAAAUUUGUAUCAACUUAAAAGGCGGUUACAAGUGUGAAUGUAGUCGUGGCUAUCAAAUGGAUCUUGCCACUGGCGUGUGCAAGGCAGUAGGCAAAGAGCCCAGUCUGGUCUUCACGAAUCGAAGAGACAUCAGGAAGAUUGGCCUGGAGAGAAAGGAGUAUAUCCAACUUGUAGAACAACUAAGAAACACGGUGGCUCUCGAUGCUGACAUUGCAGCACAGAAGCUAUUUUGGGCUGAUCUAAGCCAGAAGGCCAUCUUCAGCUUUGUGUAUUGGUCAGACUGGGGUGAGCCAGCUAAAAUAGAAAAAGCAGGAAUGAAUGGAUUUGAUAGACGUCCUCUAGUGACGGAGGACAUCCAAUGGCCUAAUGGAAUUACACUCGACCUUGUCAAAAGUCGCCUCUACUGGCUGGAUUCCAAGUUGCACAUGCUCUCUAGUGUGGACCUGAAUGGUCAAGAUCGUAGGAUAGUGCUCAAGUCUCUGGAGUUCCUAGCUCAUCCUCUUGCACUCACCAUAUUUGAGGACCGCGUCUACUGGAUAGAUGGAGAAAAUGAAGCAGUGUACGGUGCCAAUAAAUUCACUGGGUCAGAGCUGGCCACUCUAGUGAACAAUCUCAAUGAUGCCCAGGACAUCAUUGUCUACCAUGAACUCGUCCAGCCGUCAGGUAAAAAUUGGUGUGAAGACGAGAUGGAGAAUGGAGGAUGUGAAUAUCUCUGCCUGCCAGCACCACAGAUCAAUGACCAUUCUCCAAAAUAUACCUGUUCCUGUCCCAAUGGGUACAAUCUUGAAGAAAAUGGACGAGAGUGUCAAAGUACUUCAACUCCUGUGACUUACAGUGAGACAAAAGAUAUCAACACAACAGACAUUCUGCGAACUAGUGGACUGGUUCCUGGAGGGAUCAACGUAACCACAGCAGUAUCAGAAGUCAGUGUUCCCCCCAAAGGGACUUCAGCUGCCUGGGCCAUCCUUCCUCUCUUGCUCUUAGUGAUGGCAGCAGUAGGUGGCUAUUUGAUGUGGAGGAAUUGGCAACAUAAAAACAUGAAAAGCAUGAACUUUGACAAUCCCGUGUACUUGAAGACCACUGAAGAGGACCUGUCGAUAGACAUUGGUAGACACAGCGCUUCUGUAGGACACACGUACCCAGCAAUAUCAGUUGUAAGCACAGAUGAUGAUCUGGCUUGAGUUCUGAACAAAUCUUGAUCUAUGAGGUCUAUACCAAUAACGCCCAACUCUGGAAUGGUCACAGAGCCAGCGCUGAAGUCUCAUUUCUUCCUCCCAUCUGGAAGAACAUCAAGAUAUCUUUUUGUGGAUCAAGUUUGUCUACUUGAUCAUUUUUAUAUUACUUUUGUAAAUAUUCUUGGCCACAUUCUACUUCAGCUGUGGAUGUGGUUACCAAGUAUCUGUAACCCUUGAAUCCCUAGACAGUAUUGCCAUCUCUGGCCAAAUAUGCACUUUCCCUAGAAAGCCAUAUUCCAGCAAUGAACCUUGUGCUGUAGUGACUCCCACCUGUACAUACAUUGUAUAGGCCACCUGUACAUAUCCCAGAGAACAAUCACUAUUCUUAAGCACUUUGAAGAUAUUUCUAUGUAAAUUAUUGUAAACUUUUUCAAUGGUUGGGACAAUGGCAAUAGGAUAAAACGGGUUACUAAGAUGAAAUUGCCAAAAAAAAAAAAAUUUGUAACUAAUUUUGUACGUAUGAAUGAAAUCUUUGACCUCUGUAGAGGUUUGCAAAGACUGACUUCAAACUACUGUACAUUUUUUUCAAGUGCUAAAAAAAUUAAACCAAGCAGCUUAACCAUGGUUUGGAUUAUUCCUCUAAGAUGAGCUUCUGGGAACAGUGGCACCAAAUGUCCUAAACAUUUAAGCUAAAGUUAGUUCUUGAGGUUGUAUACCUAAGCCCAUCAUUGAGCUAGUAUCUUUUACAACUAAGAACUAGCUAAACAAUUAGGUACCAUUUAAUAUUUGUUCCCCCAAAUCUAUCACUUCCUUUCUUCUUUCCUUCCUUCCUUUCUUCCCUUGCUGGCCUCAAACUUGCAAUGUUCCUGCCUCAGCCUCUGCACCACUUCACCCAGCCUAUGUACUUUUAUUUUAUAAAUGACACGGUCUUCCCAAAAUUCCUUUCUUUAACAGAGUUCUUUUUCUUACUUUUUUUUUCCCAUGAUGUAGAAACACAUGCCAAGAUUCUCAUGAGUUUUCUUGCUUUGUUGUCCAUGUUCUUAUUUUUAUUUUUAGGUCAAAGACAAGUGCCUUCUAUGGCAUGGGAAAGGGCUUUAUUCUUACAAGAGUCUGGCCUGUCUUAACUAUGAAGAUGGUAGGAAGGGUACUAGGUAGGCAGCAUUGUUGAACAAUCGAAGUUGUGGUUCUUAGCCUGUCCCAGGAACAGCAGCAUGGGUGGCUAGGAACUUAACAGAAAUGGGGAUUCUUGGUUCUCACCCCAAACCUACUUAAUCAGAAACCCCAGUAAUACAGACCAGAAAACAGUUUUCACAAAUUCUUCAUGUACUUUGAAUAUAACAUAAAGUUUGACAAUAGCUAUUCUGAUGUGGCUUUUAUGGAGGGUAAAACUGUAAUGUAUUCAAAAUUGUCAGUGCGGUGGCAUCAAAUGUGUAGAGAUAGAUGAUCUUUCUGUGGAGAAUUUGUGGAACUUUACGUGGAGAACAGAGAAGGAGUUGGAGAUGAAAAAGUGGUAAUGUGUCAAGGGAAGGUUUUGUGAGUUUUCCGUCAUGUUGGCCAUCACAUCCUGACUGAAGUCUCAAGAUUCCUGGAAGGGAAGAAAGACACAAAGCUUCAAACUCAGACGAGAUGCUCUGACUCCACCGUGAAGUGGUCACUGAAAGAAGUUGCUGCUUCCUUGGGAUGAAAAAAACAGUCAAGGUCAUUUCAUUUAAAAACGAAAACAGAAAAACCUUGUCUCUUCUGUAAAAAUCCAACAUUAGGUAGAACUUACUGUAAUUUAAAAGUCACAAAGUCAUUUAUAAAAAAAAGAAGUGAUUAAAUAUUGACCGAGUAUUGUUGAGUAUUGCUAGAGUAGCUAGUUAUCUGGUGAGACUGCUAAUUGAUUCAGUGUAUAAUAGUUCACAAGGGAUGAGAACCCUGGCCUUUAUCACCCAAACAAGACCUUAAGAACUCUAUAUGAGAUUGGUUGACAUGAGUUGGUUGAGUCUCCGGAGCAUCAGUUUUCAACUUGUGGCUUGCAACCCCUUUGGGGUUGGGGAGGUCACAUAACAGAGAUUUCCAUUAUGAUUUAUAACAAUAUCAAAUGUAUAUUUAUGAGAUAGUAAUGAAAUAAUCUUAUGAUUGAGGGUCACUACAACAUGAGGAACUAUAUUAAAGACUCAUGGCAUUAGGAAGGCUGAGAACCACUGCUCUAGGGCUCAAUGUAUUAGAUAAUUCAUUAAGGGGUAAAAGUAUGAAAUAUCAAAUCCUAAAAAGGAUAUUUAUAAUUAAAAAAGCCUGUCAUGAGACAACUGUGAGUGGAAUAUCUGGGAACUUGAGAAGUAUCUGCAAAGUAGAGAAAAAUCAACAGAUUUAUGGACCCUGGUAAAGAAAUUCAGCCAAGUCUCAGUCAAAAACUUUAAGAAGUUGAUGCAAGCUGUGUGCUCCUUGUUAAGAUGCAGGCCUUGCACAUCACCAGGUCAUUUAGAAUAUUCUAACAGUUACUCUGAAGCUGUGGCAUUCUUUGUGAGCCUUUGGAUCUGGGUAAAUGGGGGGACAAAAUUAAUUCUCUGAGGCUUUCACUUGGGCACUUGCCUUGAUUCCUUUUAUUAUGGGAAGUCGGAUAUCCCCUCUCAAAAGUGAGCAGGCAGGUUUUAAAGAGCUUAACUAGUGACCUAUAAGACUCGCUUUUCAGUCAUGGACCCUGCAGAAAUCUGAGACCCACCCAUAUCUUAGCUUUUAACUGUCUUCCCUCCACCCUCAAAGAUGCCAGUGGGCUUCCUGUGCAUCACAUUGCUAAAGAGAACUGAUUUCCUAGCAUUGUUCCCUAGUAAAAUCUUUCCCAAUAGAACAGUAUGUUCCCUUAAACCCAAAUGAACAUCACGAUACUUUCUUUUAUCUGUGGCAAAGCAAACAAAUU